AUCUGGUCGACACGAAAAAGCUUGGGAGAUCAGCUGUCAGGGUGCACGUAGGCUUGGCUUACACGAUGGCCGCGGCAGUCACUCGCAGAGCCAACGCCCUCCGCGCCGAGGCCCCGGACGGGAACGCCGAGAGCGGCCGCGCCAGCCUAGCAGCAGACUCCCCCGCCGCCAAGCGGGCUGUCGACGCCAAGGACGACGUGUGGGUGGCCGCGGACGAGGGAGACACGUCGGGAGCCAUCGCCGGCGACGGCAACCGGCCGCCGCUGUUCCGGACCUUCAAGGUCAAGGGAAGCAUCCUGCAUCCUUACAGGUUCAUGAUCCUCGUCCGCUUGGUCGCCAUCGUCGCCUUCUUCGCGUGGCGCGUGAAGCACAAGAACCAUGACGGCGUGUGGCUGUGGGCCACGUCCAUGGUCGCCGACGUCUGGUUCGGCUUCUCGUGGCUCCUCAACCAGCUGCCCAAGCUCAACCCCGUCAAGCGCGUCCCCGACCUGGCCGCCCUCGCGGACCACUCCGGCGACGCCAACCUGCCGGGCAUCGACAUAUUCGUCACCACCGUCGACCCCGUGGACGAACCCCUCUUGUACACCGUGAACACCAUCCUCUCUAUCCUGGCCACCGACUACCCCGUCGACAAGUACGCCUGCUACCUCUCGGACGACGGCGGAACGCUGGUGCACUACGAGGCGAUGAUCGAAGUUGCCAAUUUCGCUGUCCUGUGGGUCCCUUUUUGUCGGAAGUACUGUGUAGAGCCAAGAUCCCCCGAGAACUAUUUUGGGAUGAAGACGCAGCCGUACGCCGGGAGCAUGGCUGGAGAAUUCAUGAGGGAUCAUAGGCGUGUGCGCAGAGAGUAUGAUGAGUUCAAGGUGAGGGUAGACUCCCUUUCCACCACCAUCCGCCAACGAUCUGAUGCGUACAACUCGAGCAAGAAAGGAGAUGGUGUACGUGCAACCUGGAUGGCUGAUGGGACACAAUGGCCUGGUACAUGGAUCGAGCAGGUUGAGAACCACCGGAGAGGACAACAUGCUGGAAUUGUUCAGGUCAUACUAGGCCAUCCAAGUUGUAAACCACAACUGGGAUCGCCGGCGAGCGCCGACAAUCCACUUGACUUCAGCAACGUUGACACGAGGCUCCCCAUGCUCGUCUACAUGUCCCGGGAGAAGCGCCCCGGUUAUAACCACCAAAAGAAGGCGGGCGCCAUGAACGUGAUGCUCCGUGUCUCGGCUAUGCUCUCCAACGCGCCCUUCGUCGUCAACUUUGACGGCGACCACUACAUCAACAACUCGCAAGCUCUCCGCGCCCCUAUGUGCUUCAUGCUCGACCCACGCGACGGUCAGAACACGGCCUUCGUCCAGUUCCCGCAGCGCUUCGACGACGUCGACCCGACGGACCGCUACGCCAACCACAACCGUGUCUUCUUCGACGGCACCAUGCUCUCCCUCAACGGCCUCCAAGGGCCUUCCUACCUCGGCACCGGCACCAUGUUCCGCCGUGUCGCGCUCUAUGGCAUGGAGCCACCACGUUACAGAGCGGAGAACAUCAAGCUUGCAGGUAAGGUCAAUGAGUUCGGUAGCUCGACGUCGUUCAUAAACUCGAUGCCGGAUGGGGCAAUCCAGGAGCGGUCUAUCACGCCCGUGUUGGUCGACGAGGCACUCAGCAAUGACCUGGCUACCCUGAUGACGUGCGCCUACGAGGACGGGAGUUCAUGGGGCAGAGACGUCGGGUGGGUGUACAACAUCGCGACGGAGGACGUGGUGACCGGAUUUCGCAUGCACCGGCAAGGGUGGCGCUCCAUGUAUUGCUCCAUGGAGCCGGCCGCCUUCCGCGGAACGGCUCCCAUCAACCUCACCGAGCGCCUCUACCAGGUGCUCCGGUGGUCGGGCGGCUCCUUGGAGAUGUUCUUCUCCCACAGCAACGCUCUCAUGGCCGGCCGCCGGCUCCACCCUCUGCAGCGCGUCGCCUACCUCAACAUGUCGACCUACCCGAUCGUCACGGUGUUCAUCCUGGCGUACAACCUCUUCCCCGUUCUCUGGCUCUUCUCCGAGCAGUUCUACAUCCAGAGGCCUUUCGGCACGUACAUCAUGUACCUCGUCGCCGUCAUAGCGAUGAUCCACGUGAUCGGCAUGUUCGAGGUGAAAUGGGCGGGGAUCACGCUGCUCGACUGGUGCCGCAACGAGCAGUUCUACAUGAUCGGGGCCACGGGCGUGUACCCGACGGCGGUGCUUUACAUGGCGCUCAAGCUCGUCACCGGGAAGGGGAUAUACUUCAGGCUCACGUCCAAGCAGACGGACGCCUGCUCCAAUGACAAGUUCGCCGACCUGUACACCGUGCGGUGGGUGCCGCUGCUGCUCCCGACCAUCGUGGUGCUCGUCGUGAACGUCGCGGCCGUCGGGGCAGCGAUAGGCAAGGCGGCGGCAUGGGGGUUCUUCACGGACCAGGCGCGGCACGUGCUGCUCGGGAUGUUGUUCAACGUGUGGAUCCUCGUGCUCCUCUACCCGUUUGCGCUCGGGAUCAUGGGGAAAUGGGGGAAGAGGCCCGUCAUCCUGUUCGUCAUGUUGGUCAUGGCCAUUGGGGCCGUCGGGCUCGUGUAUGUCGCCCUCCAUGCUCCGUACCCAGCUGAUAUUUCAGAAGUUGCAGCUUCUCUUGGUGAAGCAUCGCUGACCGGGCCAUCUGGGUAGACACGUACGGCUCAUUUUUUUUACAAGUACAGUCACAGUCACUACUGCAAUAAUUUGAGUGUGUGUAUUCAUGUCUAUAUAGCAUGAGAACUGGUCAUUGUGUGCCACUCCUCUACUUAUAGAGAUGUACCUAUCUUUUCUUCAAAAAAAAAAUUGAAGUGCAGCUUGUGCUCUCUUCGAGUAA